AUGAUCGAUCAAUUUGUCAAAGGGUUGUAAAAAAUUGAUAGAUUUGGAGCUAUAUAUAGACCACCGAUUGUAGACAUCCACCCUGAAUAUAAGUCGGUUCUAGGGGGAAUUGCUACUUUUAUUUUAUAUGGAUCAAGUCUUGCAUACUUUUUGUAUCAAAUUAUCUAAUGGCAAUCCAAUUAAUUAUUACCAAAAAUUACUUAUAUUUAAACUUCUUAUGACAAAAAAUACUAUAAAAUUGAUGAAAUGAUGUCCUCUUUUUACAUUAGAAAAAAUUAAAAAGUUGACUAAAUUGAUCCAUUUGACCCAGGAAACAUUAUUUUACAGCCUAUACUUUCUAAAUUUGCUAAUUAAUAACUUGUAGAUUCAUAUCCAAUAGACUACAAUUCAAAAUCAGAGAGAAAUGAUAUUCACGAAGUUAUUUUGGAGAACAUAGAAUUGAAUUUAAAUCUAAACAAUUCAAAUGAUGAUCCAUAAAUUGAGUAUUUAUUAUCCUUUGGAACAUGUAUGGAAUAAUAUUUAAUGAAUGGAUAGAAAUGUGCAAAUUAAACUUUAGUAAAUACUUAUUUAAAUCAAAAAAGUCAUGCAUUAAUAUUGAAUCAUUAUGUAAAAGAAUAUAACUCAAAAUAAAAACAUAUAUAAAAUGUAAAAAAACAAUUCUUAGCAAUUCUUACUAAUAAUACAACAUUAUAUUUCUAAAAUUAAAUAAGAUUAUCUAAAACACAAGUUGAUGAUGGAUUUUUAUUUCCUUCUAAUUCUAACAAAGAGUUUCCAAUGGAUACUAUAAUAAUAUCAUAAAAUACUAGUCCUGAUAGCUUUUACAAUAUAUUUGGAAGAGUAACCUACUUAGUUAUGGCCUAUAGUUUAAGUGAAGUAAUAUAAGAAUAGUAUAUUGAAUAUCCUAAAAUUUCUGAAGUUUUGGCUGAUAUAGGAUCUAUUGUUUCAAUUAUAUUAGUGUUAUCAUAUUUAUUCAUUUUUUUGAAUGAACAUUAAUUAGAGAAAGAAUCAAUUUAAAAAGUUAUUUAAAUGUAUUAUCCUGAAUUUUGUAAUAUCAAAUAAUAUUAAAAUUGGUAUGGCAAAAUUGUUGAAGUUAAAUACAAUAAUAUUGUAAUUAACAAAGAAGAAUAUAUAAUGUUUUACAAUAAAGUUUAACGUGUUGCAGCAAAAAAGUUAAGUAUAACAAAUAUUUUAUUCACCUUGGCAAAAUUGCAAUUUUUAAUAUAAUCAAAUUAUAAUAUUGAUAAAAUCAAAUUAGCUCAUAAAGUUGGAAUCAAACUCAAAUAGUUUUCUAAAGGAAGUAGUAUCCAAUCACCAAAAUUAAUUUAAGAAUAAUUAAAUUUAUAGGAGAUAUCAAGAAAUGAAUCCAAAGAUCAUAUUUAAAUUCAUGAUAUUGCAAAUAUCAAUUUAAAUGAAUAAAAUAACAACUAAAGUUCUAUGGUACGGUAAGAAACUAUCAAUAAGGAUAAUUCAAAAAGUCUAUAUUUAAAUUUAAAAGAUGAUUUUCAUCUCUUAAAUGAUGAAGAUUUUUAGCUUUUUACUAUUGAUGAGCCAAUAACUAUAGAAACUGACAUCUAGAAAUCAGAUUUAUACUUUGAGAAUAAUUAUAUUGAUCUUUGA